CAAACCUCGUGUGCUCGCUACUCGCUUGCCGCGGUUCGACUUUCUGGCCGCUCAUGCAUGCUAGCUCUGCCCUCGUAUCUUCGGUGUGAAAGUUACCGACAAUAUAAUUUCUUUUGACAGUUUUAAAAUCUAAGAUUCGCUCGUCCAGAUUCAGAUUAUUGUCUCCGAAGUUUCAGUCAUUUUUCCGUGCGCGACUGUCGAAGUGAUCCUAAUUUUCGAGGUGUUUAUUUUUUUCCUGAAAUGUUUGGCUGAUAAGAUCGUGAAAUAAUUCUGGUUUUCCUCAAUCUGAUUUUCCUCGUUUUUUGUUGUCUAACUGUGGUCAAUGUGUCAAUUUGCUCGCUUCUACGGAACGGUUCAGUAUGCACAACUUCGAUGACUUCUGCAUGAAACAUUUUUUCUUUGGAGUUUCAAUAAUGAAAGUUUCAAUGCAACUUCUUAGCUCGAUUUCAGUUUUUUAAACGUGUCAAGUUCAUAGAAGACACUUAUCAUCGUCGCUAUUUCGCCAACAUCUUCAAAUCCCGCUGAGAAUUCAUCUCUGCACACUCUUGCUCCAAAUUUUCACCGAACAGUUGAAUAGCCACUUGAUUCAGAAUUGGUCUCCUAUCCUGGUCAUUUGCCCCGAUGGUGAAUUCAGCAAAUUUUGGAAUGAUGUGGGAGCCAAAUUACAUGAGCCAAGUGAGGACGGACGUCUUUUCCUCGUACGACUACAGCCCGGUCUACCCGCCGCCGCCUCACGGGCACGGCCACGGACACGGCCACGGAGGACACGGACACGGACACGGCCACGGGCGGGACUACCGCGACCCGGAGGGCUACCACCCCUGCGGCCAGCCGCCCCCGCACCCCCCGCCGCUCCGCCCGGCCCACACCGCCCACCCCCCNCACCCGCCGCACAACCCGCCACCCGCCCCACGACCACACUACAUCCGCCACCAGGUCGACAGUCAGCCGCCCAACGAUGAUGAACUAGCAAAUAAAUUCGAACAAUGGAAAGUCACACCGGUCAAAUUAUGGUCGGAACUGGACGUAAUGUAUUGGAUGAUGGCAACAGCUGAAUCCUUAGGUGUUUCGUUUCAAGAAGUAGCACUAGAGAAGUUCGGUGGCAUGUGCGGGGAAAACCUGCUAAGUCUGAGCGAAGAAGAUUUUAUUGCCUAUGACAACCGUUACGGCUCCCACCUUUAUGCCAGUCUUAGCGAGUUACGUUCAGAGCCAGAAACAAGUAUGAGCUAUCAAGAAGAAGAUUCAGACAGUGGUGCAGAAGUAGAGGCUCCUCCUUCAGUGAAAAGGAAACCUGGCAGGCCUCGAACUUCUAACAAGCACAAGAAAAAAAGAGAUCAGAAGCUUGGGCGGCUAUGGGAGUUCAUUAGAGAUUUACUAUUUAACGAAAAAUAUUGCCCAAGUUUUAUUUGUUGGGACAACUAUGAAGAAGGCACCUUCCGUUUUGUACAAAGCAACCAAGUAGCUAAGUUAUGGGGCACAAUAAAAGGAAAUACCAAGAUGAACUACGAAAAAUUCAGCAGAGCCAUGAGGUACUACUACAAAAGUGAAAUAUUCCUACCUGUUGAAGGACGCAGAUUAGUCUAUCAAUUUGGUCCCAAGGCAACUGGAUGGAAGACAGAUGAUCCUAACUUUCAAAAAUCGAAACUAACCUCCAAGUCAGUCUGAUUCAGGGUUGUUGACAUUAGGGUAACUAAAGCCUUAAACUGUCCAUGACGAAAGAGUUGUAACUGCAUCAUCAUGCAACAAAAUCUCUCUGAACCACAUUCAUUUUUAGAAUGAAUAAAUUCAUUACUUUGUUCAAAUGAAUUACAUUAAAUGAAACUUUGUAAUUGUGUCUUUUACUAUAGAAAGUGCUGUCAGAAAGUUUUAUGCACAAUUACUUUAAUGUCUGAAUUCUAUUUGUUAGUAGCUACAAUGUUGCUACACUCCCUCUUCUCGGUGUUUUGAUUUAUUCAACAUUCUUUAAAUGGGGAAAAAAACUUUUGGUUAAGUUUUUUGUGAGGAAUGAUCUCCUCUUUUCCCCUCACUUUUUGGAGCUAUAACUGAGCUACCACUCUCUAUGUAAUAUUUUUUAUUUUUCAUUUUUUUAUUAUUAUUUUAUUUUAUUUUAUUAUUUGAGUGAUGCACGAAUGAAAGAACUUCAAAACCAGCAAGUGAACACAGAACUAUGAGCUCAUGAUGCCCGUAGGCACGACCUAAGAUCAUAAGUUCAGUGUGCCGAAUUUUCCUUUCAAGGGUUAGUGUUGGAGGUCUCAGACUCUAGUGUUGAUGUUGAUAUUGAAAGAUAAAUUGUAAAAUGAUCACCACAAUUCGAAUUGCUAUAAUUCAAUGAAGAUAAGUUUGAUAGUUCAGAAAAUUCCAGAUUUUGCGAUCUGUGUAUCAUGGCAAGUGUGAAAAAAAUUACUCUUCAAAGGAAAUCAAUGUAAAAGAUAGAGAAAUUGGGAAAUUGUGAUUGUCAACAGGAUUCGUGAGACAAUGAAAAGUACUUGAAGACCCUCGAUUUUUAUUCCAAUUUUCGAGCCCUUGAAAGUGUUUAUUUAAUGGAAAGAGUAGUGAAAGUUCUUGAAUAUCUUUGAAUUUUAAAAUUAGGCAUCUAUUUUCUGAUAGUUGCAAUUUUUCAUUCCAGUAAAAUUGUUGGUUCUUCUCUCAUCAUUAGCAGUGAAAAGAAUUUUGACCAUGCAAACUAGCUAUUUUUUCUCUGCUUUCUGAAGGGAUAUUUGGCCUCUAAUUUCUAGUAACUUUGCUCAAAUAUCUUCAAAAAACUUGCCAUAAACCCUGAGGAAUCCAUGAAAAGAAUUCGUAUUUUUUAUUGUGAGUCCUCAAAAAACUUUUCAAAAGUCCUUGAAUUUUGUUUUCAUUCAUUUUUCUUUUGACCCUGAGCUCUCUCUCACACUUUUCUGUGGAAAGAUUUGGCCUUUAGGUCAAUUUAAUUAUCCCUUCUCAAUUUAGAAGUAUCAUCCAUCAUAACACAAAUUGUCAGCACAUGCGAUGGACCACUUUUCAAACAAUGUUAAAUUAUUUAUUGCUCAAUAUGGAAUCACACUCUUUUUUUUUGUCUAGUGUGCUCAAAAAUUUUAUACAAUGAUAAAACUAUAGAGCGUGUUUUUGGUAGGAGGUGGCUCUCAAAGCAAAAUAAAUGCUUCCAUUCAGCUACCUCUUUGUCAAUGCAGGCUUGACUUGUCCAGUCUAAUUUAUUUUUAGAGCUUAUUACUUGUUGUUUUUGUGAUGUAAGAUUUCUCUGUGAUAUGUGUUUUUUAUGUUGAGAAAUAAAUAUUUUUUAUCCUUGUAAUGCAA